AUGACUAGCUGUUUAUGGAAGUCGUUUUUUGGAGCUGCCAAAGAUACAUGGAGUCUAAUUUUAUAUCGUGGCGUAGAAGCUAUUACCAACGAUAGCUUGAUUAACAAUGUUGUGUUGAUGGGCUCAGUAUUAAAUAAUGGUGCUACAACAACUUUUGUGUGUUUAGCGGAAGUCCCAGAAGCAGUAGUAAGAACUAAACCCGAAUUAUAUAUGAACGGGUAA